AGUACUUUGGUUUGUGUUCCGUUUGUAUAAUUAGUGUAAAUUGAAACCUUUUGGGAGGGAACAUGGCUAAAUAAACAAAUGAUGCCUUAUAAUGAUUUCUACAAUAUGUAGAUUUAGACCAAAUUGAUAUAGCUUGAGUACUGACAUGGCACUCUUAAGAAAAGUUAUAGCACUAUUUGCACUAGGACUUGUGGUGUUCAGUUUUGGUCAUACUCUCGAUGAUAAAAAUCAACCAUUGGAACUUCUAAAUGGUAGCACAUUGAUAGAGGCUUCUAAUGACUGUGUACCGUGGACAAGGUAUGAUUCAGGUCAUCAAAGAUGUGUCUGUAAAAAAAUUGAGUUCUUUGAUGGUAUAUUAAAAUGUAAUAGUGACUCUCAGAAGUUAUUUGUGCUUGACUGCCACUGCAUGACUUAUAAUGAGACAAGCAACAGUAUUGAAGUAGGAGCUUGUAUAGAAAAUUGCUUCAGCAGUGGAAAAAGGUUACAUGACAAACUGUACGCGAUAGCAUUUGGUUCCAGCAAAAAGAGCCUUUCAUCUGUCAAUGAACUAAUGUGCAAUCAGCCUCUAUCAUAUAAUAGAACAAGAUACAGAACUGGUCGAUUGUGUGGUAGAUGUCUGACUGGUUUCUACAUCCAAGCAUACUCAUACAACAUGACCUGUGUCAACUGCAAAGAAGGAAAUACGAACUUAUGGAAAUAUUUUGCAAUUGCUCUUGCCCCUCUCACUGUCUUCUAUUUUCUAGUACUCUUCUUUAAGAUCAAUAUCACAUCUUCCCACUUGCAUGGGUAUGUUAUAUUUGCUCAGGCUGUAAGUUUGCCACAAUUUGCUCGCACUGUUACACUGCUACUAGAGUUAGAACCAACAUUGAACUAUCCCAUCAAAUUUCUUUCCUCCCUCUUUGGAAUAUGGAAUUUAGACUUCUUUCGUUUAUUUAAUUGGGGCAUAUGCUUGAAAAUGCCACCUCUCACCGUUAUAGCACUUGACUACGUUAUUGCUAUCUACCCAUUCUUUCUUACUGUAGUUUCGUAUGUACUGAUUGAACUACAUGAUAGAAAUGUCCGAAUUGUAGUUGUAUUCUGGAGACCAUUUCGAUGCAUUUUCACGUUGUUUCGUAGAAAUUGGGACAUUCGUACUUCAAUUAUUGAUGCGUAUGCUACUUUCUUUCAACUCUCUUGUUUUAAAAUUCUCUGCACUUCAUUUGAUCUUCUGGUACCUACUUUCGUUUCUAUUAUUUCGGGUCAUGAGAAUUCGGAGCUGCAACAAAAUGCAAAACUUGUUCUCUACUAUGACAGUGCAAUCGACUACUUUGGACAAGUCCAUCUUCCUUAUGCUAUUCUCGCACUGACAUUCAUUUUUUUGUUUUCAUUUAUUCCUAUCCUAUUCUUGUUGAUAUAUCCUUGCCGAUGUUUUCACUGUCUUUUUAGCUGUGAUUCUUUCAUUCUUCGCACAUUCAUGGACUCAGUUAAUGGCUGUUACAAGGAUGGCACAGAGCGAGGAACCAGAGAUUGUAGGUGGUUUGCUGCUAUUGAUCUUUUGUCCAGGUUUAUCUUGUUUUUAAUUUAUAUGGUCACUCUUGGGAGUCUCUAUUUCCCUCUCGCCGUUUUAUUUAUUCUCCUUAUAAUUAUUUUGCUGUCUCAAAUUCAACCACACAAGAGUGCUGUAUCGCAUUACACUAAAAUUGACUUAACGUUCUACACUUUAUUGGCUCUUUACUACACUUGUCUAAGUGCUGCUAACACUGCAGCAGUUAAAUCAUGGUAUUACACCAAAGGAUGCUACACUUUGUCAGUAUUCAUUGCUUUCAUUCCCUUAAUUUACAUAUCUUGUCUGUGCGUGUACUGGAUAUUCACACGAAGAAGAUUCGGACAAACACUUAUCAAUCGAAUCAAAGUGUGGUGGACUGGUUAUGACUUUCUGGAUGACACUCGACUACCACACAGACUUCUAAACCCAGAACAAUACACCGAACCACAAAACAUGACCCAUGUUGCUGACACCCAUGCAGAGUGAAGAGAGGAGUGUUGACCAGCAUCAGCAUGUGUAUUAAUAAUUAUGAUACCCACUGUUGUAUUAUACUCAGUAAACAUAACACUGCAUAUAAACAAUUAGUAAUGGAUAUUGGUGUAAUUAGGUUUGGCGUUAAUAUAAUUAUGUUGUGAUCUCAGUAUCUUAUGUACGCUCGUUAUGCUAUAUCCUUCUUUAUAGUUAUAGUUUUAUGGCUUUAGACGUCGAUAUGUCAUGUUAAGGUUAUGGGCAACAGUUGCACCCACGCAUACAAAUUUCGCUAUGAAUCUAAUGUUGGCAAAGUUGAGUGCUAGAACUAGCUAAGCGGCGGAGUCAGCUCAAGAUUUGACAAGGGUUUAACAUUAAACAAGAUAGACAAAAGUAACAACUGACAAAACAGAGAUCAUACAUGCACCAAAACCAAGAGAGACGCGCAGGGCCUCUUUACAACAAAGAAUCUAUUGUUAACACAAAAGGAGUCUCUGCUCCACAGGAAGUAAUUAACCUACUUAACAUAUACCUAUAACAGAAACCAUAGCUACAGUACAAAUUAACUAAGUAAACAAUGUACACAUUAGUCAAGUGCACACACAUACACAUAAUAAUAACAACACUCCUCCUCACUUGAGGUAAUGUUCGUUUGAGUUCGCUAUUCCUGCUUGAAUACAUAGUUUGCAGAAACUUUCUCGACUUAGACCCUUGGUAAGCAUAUCAGCGGUCAUUUCUCCAGUAGGACAAUACACAAGUUUAAUGUCUCCAGCUUGAACAUGUUCUCUCACAAAAUGAUACUUAAUACCGAUAUGUUUAGAACGUCCGUGAAAUUGUGGAUUGUGAGUCAUUGCAAUUGCCGAUUGAUUAUCUUCAAAAAUCGUUAUUGGCUGGUCGUUUGAGGUGGUUAGUUCUGUUCAGACAUAAGCUGUUUCAACCACAUUGCUUCCUGAGCUGCUGCUGACAGUGCAACAUAUUCAGCUUCAGCCGUAGAUAAUGCAACGCCUGACUGUUUCUUGCUUCUCCAAGAUACAGCUCCACCGUUCAGCUUGAAGAUAUAGCCAGAGGUAGACUUUCUGUCGUUUAUGUCUCCUCCCCAAUCUGCAUCCGAGUAACCGAUCAAUUCGUUUGAAUUUUCGUUGGAGUAGUAAAUUCCGAGUUUGGUCGUUCCUUUCACGUAUCUCAUUACUCGUUUUACUGCACUCCAGUGCUCUUUUGUUGGAUUUGCUGAAUAUCUCGAUAGACUGCUCACUGCAUAGGUGAUAUCGGGUCUUGUACCAACUGAGAGAUACAUCAGACUUCCAAUUGCUGACUGAUACAGCUGUUGGUCCACACAUUCAUCAGUUUCUUCAGCUAUUUUCAGCUUUGCUCCAGGUUCCACAGGUGUUGAUACAGGUUUGCAUUCUUGCAUAGCUGUACUUUGUCAAUAGGUUUUCAGUGUAGACAGGUUGACCAAUCCAUACCGAUUUGUUUUCGUCAUAUUGGACAACUGACAUUCCUAGGAAAUAGUGCAACUUUCCAAGGUCCUUUAUUUCAAAUUCCUUUGCCAGAGCAUUCUUUACUUGUUGCAACUGUUCGUCAAUCUUCGCAGCAAAGAUGAUAUCGUCGACAUAUACACCCAUGUACACAAGUUCUCCUCCUGUGCCCUUGUAGUAUAUACAGGGAUCACUAUUCGUUUGUGUGAAUCCAAUUUUCUUGAGAUAGGCCGUGUUCCACACCGAGGUGAUUGUUUCAAACCAUAGAUGCUCUUUUUAAGCUUGCAAACUAAGUGUUCUCGUCCUUCAGAUUUGAAACCUUCUGGUUGAGCCAUAUACACCUCCUCCUCAAGAUUUCCAUUGAGAAAUGCUGUAGCCACAUCUGUUUGAUGUAGUUUGAGUCCAUACUGCACGGACAAUGACAUCAAUACUCCGAGGGAUUCUUGUCUUGCGACAGGGCAAAAUGUUUCGUCAUAGUCAGUUCAACUUUUGAGAAAUCCCUGUGCAACCAGUCUUGCUUUGUAGCGUUCGAUUUUUCCGUCUGCACCAGUUUUCAACUUAUACACCCACUUACUACCGACCUUCUUUCGUCCUGAGGGUAGCUCCACCAGCUCCCGAUCCUAAACGUUGUUGUCUUUGAGAGACUUCAUUUCAGUUUUCAUCGCAUUUCUCCAUUUUUCUUCGUCAGGGCAAGAGAUUGCUUCGUUAUACAAGGUAGGUUCCUGUACUAGUGUCAGGUUUGUUUCUUCUCUCCCAUAGUAAUUGGGUUGUUUUCUUUCUCUGGUUGACCUUCUUACUGGUUCAGGUUCCCUGGUGGUUGAGAUGCUUCAUCAAUCUCUUGACUAGGAACUUCCUGGCCUUCGUGGUUUUCGAUUAUCAGUUUGUCUGAGUCGAUUGAGUCGAAAUUGGUUGAGAUAGAGUCUGAGCUUGAUUCAGUUUUCUCAGUUUCAGUUUCGUGGAAUACUACAUCCCUGCUGAAUAUUACUCUUCUCUUUUCUGGGUCAUAGAGCCUGAAGCCCUUCGUGGUGUCGCCGUACCCCAGAAAUACACAUUUCUUGGCUUUUGAGUCCAAUUUUUCUCGCUCGUCUUUUGGAAUGUGGACAUAAUUAUGCAUCGCAUCCGAAAACUCUCAAAUUGUUCACUUUCGGUUUCUGUUCAAACAGUUUUUCGAAAGGAGUCUUUCCUUUUACAGCUUUAGAUGGGCAACGGUUUCUCAGGUACACAGCCGUAGAGAUUGAUUCUGCCCAGUACAUCUUUGGGAGUUUAGCAUCCUUGGUAAACAUCGACCUCUUUGGUAAACAUCGACUGUUUACAGUGUAUUAGUUUUGAGACAAACGGCACCCCCAAUAUGGAGUUUGGUGCAGUAUUGGCUUUUAGCAUAAUAGCAACCCCUAAUAGCACCCUGCUAUUAAUGUUAUUAUCCUACUUUUCUACACAAAAAAGUGCUAUUAGCAAAGUAUUGCUACUACUGCUAUUACACAGUAAUAUAUCGCUAUUAUUGCUAUUAUCUACUUACUACAUGUACAUGCUGUACUUCUAGACACUCUGCUAUUAUUGCUAUUAUUAUUGUUAUAGACACCGCUGUUAUUGCUAUUACUGUUAUUUCUUGAUUUUAUAUUGCUAUUUCUUAACCAUUAGACACCCGCUAUUAUUGCUAUUAUUGCUAUUAUUGCUAUUUCUUGAUUUAUAUAGACACCGCUAUUAUUGCUAUUAUUGCUAUUUCUUGAUUAUAACCAUUACAGACACUGCUAUUAUUGCUAUUAUUGCUAUUAUUGCUAUUUCUUGGUUAUAAUUAUUAUACCAUUAUAGACACCGCUAUUAUUGCUAUUAUUGCUAUUUCUUGAUUUAUAUACCAUUAUAGACACCGCUAUUAUUGCUAUUAUUGCUAUUUCUUGAUUAUAAUUAUACCAUUACAGACACCGCUAUUAUUGCUAUUAUUACUAUUAAUUUUCUUGAUUUAUAUACCAUUAUAGACACCGCUAUUAUUUGCUAUUAUUGCUAUUUCUUGAUUUAUAUACCAUUAUAGACACCGCUAUUAUUGCUAUUAUUGCUAUUUCUUGAAUUAUAUGCCAUUAUAGACACCGCUAUUAUUGCUAUUAUUGCUAUUAUUGCUAUUUCUUAAUUUAUAAUUAUAUCACUGCUAUUAUUGCUAUUAAUUUCUUAUAAUAAUUAUAGACACCGCUAUUAUUGCUAUUA